AUGGACGAAUGUGGCGUGGGACAGCCGCUAAACCAGUGGUUCCGUGACUAUCUCACAUCGCGCAUUUUCCGUGUAAAGGUUGGUGACACGCUUAGUGAGGCGCAUGAGGUGAAAUGCGGGGUGCCACAAGGUUCGGGGUGUGGGCCUAUUUGCUACUUACUACAUGUUAAUAGCCUAUGUGACGUUCUUCAGUAUUCCUCUGCAUACAUGUUCGCAGAUGACCUAUGUACACUACGGGCUGGUACCAAUCUAGUGGAGACGUGUCACCUAAUACAGCAAGAUAUAGAUUCGGUAGUUAAAUGGUCUCAUGAUAAUGGCAUCGUCUUAAACUCAGAUAAAACCAAGUUUCUUAUCAUUCAGUCACCUUAUAUGUGUUAUACUGACUCGUCUCCUCAAAUGUAUAGUCAUAACUUUGAAUGCCUCCAUAAUGGUCAGAAUAGUUGUCAAUGUGAGCCUAUCAAAAAAGUCGAUUGUGUAACCUACCUCGGUGUUAAAGUUGAUACUAACUUCUCGUGGUCCAGCCAUGUAGAUUAUAUUUGUAAUAAGUUAAGAUUACUUCUAAGCAAAUUUUAUCACUUAAGCUUUAAAGUUCCUUCUGCUACUUUAAAAUGCUUAUAUUUUUCAUUGGUAGAUUCGAUUUUGGGAUACGCCCUUGACAGUUACGGUCUUACAUUCAAAAUCUACAUUGAUAAGCUUGAAGCACUACAAAUUAGAUUUUUAAAGUUACUAGUUAAUAAAAAAACUAAAGAUAUCUGUAAAGGUGAUUACACAAAAUUGUUCAAAAUCUGCAAAAUACUUCCAGUAAGUUUAAAACAUAAGUAUUUACUUGCCUUAAAUAAUUACAACUGUCGAGAACGUACUCUAAUACUAGUUAAGCAUGGUCAGGGUACACGGUCGAUAUCUGCAGGCAAAUUUGUAGUACCUAAAGUAAAUAAUUACUACGGGGACAGAACUUUAAAGAAACGUCUACCGUACUUUCUCAAUACACUACCUGAGGAUAUUCGACGUGAACCAGUAAAAAACAUAUUUAAAAACAAAUUAAAGCAAUACUUAUUGGCUAGUCUUAGUGCUUAA